AUGUCUGCACACGUGUGUACAGGCCUACCUGGAAGUACAGGUCAGCACUACGUAGACACACGGAUAAACAGAGAAAUGAAGACAGGUCGCUACGUAAGGAAAGAGCCAGCAGCCUACGCAGCAUCAGAUCAACUCCGUAGCACGCCACCAAUAAGGUCAGUAGGCCUGCCGAUAGCAACGAGUAAAGACAGCCCAACACACCGCACACGGCUCCACAGAGAGGUCAUAAGGAACCUCUUGGUCUGUGUUGCUUGGGCUUGCGUGAAACCCCUCCUACCACUUGUAUCAGUCCGUGUUAGCGUGAAAAUAGCAGCACGCUGGUACUCGCUGGCGUGCCGGUUUGCGGGUGCUGUCGCGCCCCUGAGGCAGCCAGGCAGCACGACUAAGCCGAAUGUUCUUCGAAACACCGAUGAGGGUGCCUGCCAGGGCUGUCUAGAGGACAGCUGCGAGAAACUUGUUCUGUAUGAGGCUCCGCACGCAGGAGAGCGUCGAACGAGAAAUAAUCAAUCAUUAAUUACAAAAGCAGGACAUACGCGCAAGCUGCACAGGACCCACAUGGCUUUUAUCAUCCCACCUCUCUGUCAAGCAGGUUGUCGGGGUAGCCGGACCUUCACGAUUCAACUGCGUCUACGCUUCUAUGCACAGUGUGCCGCACGCAGGGACCGCAGGCCACAAGCGGCGCCUAACGCCGUCGGCACACUCCAGCGAUUGACUUAA